GUGACAGAUGAGGUGGGUAGAUUGCGAUCUGGCUCUGGCCUGCUGGUUCGAAGCUCUACAAAUAAUAACAAGAAACACACAAAGACAAUGAGCAUCAAAGAACCACCACAGAUCUUGCGUGUGAAGCGGAGAAGGACGGAGGAUCCGUUGCAGGCUCUCGUGAUGGAGACUAAUCGUCGUAAGAUAAAACGGCCACGGUACGUUUUCAGACUCAAGAGGACGGAAGAGAAGGACAUACAGGACUCAACUGCAGUGUUGACAGCAAGCAAGGACAGAAAGAAUGACAAACCUGUGUUUAAUAUUCCGUCGAAGAAAGAAAACGUGGAGAAAGUGGGGGCUUCUGCCGCACGAGAAGGGGAGUCAGGAUCGGAAGCUGGAUCAGUAUCGGGAGCAGGGGUUCAGGAUGGUACAGCGACGACAAAGGAGCAGCAUACGAAGGAAGGCCCUAUGGAGCUCAACUCGGAGCUUCUUGAAAUGCUCAAUGACUAUUUGAAGAACAACGACGAAACAACAAUCAACAACCCAGUCAAACCGCCAAAGAGAAGGCAAUCCAGCGUAUCGCAGGAGCUCAAUGCAAACGUUCCUAAGUUCAGCAGAGAGGAUAUGCUCAAGGGCUGCAACGGCGAGGCGAUUGACGAGCGAGAUAACGAGGAUGACGACGAGGACGAGUACGUGUACGACGUCUACUACCGGGACAAGGCCGUGAGCGACCAGUGGGAGAAUGAGCGGAUUGGGUACAUCAAGUUUGACGACGACGAGCUGGACAAGCUAGAGGAUAAGGAGGAUGAUACGCUUUUGAACACAGACGACGAAGAUUCAAACGACGAGAAUUUUUAUCGGAACGAUUACCCAGAAGACGAGGAUGGCGGGUACGAGGACGAGAGCGAGCUAGAGUCGAUGGGCCUCGACGAGCCAAGCGAUGACCAAGACGACGAGUUUAUGAUCCUCAACAAUAAGAGACGGUUCAGUAGAAGCGAAUUCCUCAACAGCGAAGGGCUGAAGAGGGCCAGCAGCGACGAGUACCACCGCUUGGCCGAGCAGAUAGACGAGCAGCCGAUAUUGUGGGGACAGCCGGAGGAUGGAGCAGACUACACGGAUGACAUAGAGAUGGGUGAGAACGACACCGACGGAGAAAUCAACUUCCAAAGGCAGACUUUCUUCCCGACAGACAAGGACGAUCCGGCUGCUAUCCACAGAGACCGUAUUUUUGGGAAGCUCCAGCAGAUGAUUGAGGAGCAGCAACGACAGUAAGAAUCGGGUUACUACCAAUGACUUAUGUACUAUCUGCAGACUUUGAUGUGCUGUACUUCUUCGUAGGAGGGCCCCAACUAAAUGUAACGAUACCUAACUACCAGACCGGAACCGCUCGGAGCUUACGUCAGC